GCCGCGGGGCCGCGGGAAGAUGGCGCAGGAGCCCGGCGCCAUGGAGGACGGGCAGCUCUCCGACUCGGACUCGGACAUGGCGGUGGCGCCCAGCGACAGGCCGCUGCCGGUGCCGAAAGCACUAGGUGGGGACUGCACAGUGAGGCCCUUCCAAGGUACUGCAGCAGCAUGUGCACCGGCAUCACAUUAUCGGACUGUUAAAAGUGUGGAUUCAAGUGAAGAGAGUUUUUCUGAUUCAGAUGAUGAUAGUUCCCUUUGGAAACGAAAGCGGCAAAAAUGUUUCAACCCUCCUCCCAAACCAGAGCCUUUUCAGUUUGACCAAAGCAUCCAGAAACUACCUGUUGCUGGAGGAAAAAAGAUUAACAACAUAUGGGGUGCUGUGCUGCAGGAACAGAGUCAAGAUGCAGUAGCCACAGAACUUGGAAUCUUGGGAAUGGAGGGCAGUAUUGAUAAAAGUAGACAAUCUGAGACCUACAAUUAUUUGCUUGCUAAGAAACUUAAGAGAGAAUCUGAAGAACAUUCAAAAGAAUUAGACAAGGAGCUAGAUGAUUAUAUGCAUGGUGGCAAAAAAACAGAAUCAAAGGAAGAAGAAAAUGGGCAAAGUCACCUCAAAAGGAAGCGACCUGUCAAAGACAGACUAGGAAACAGACUAGAAAUGAAUUAUAAAGGUCGGUAUGAGAUCACAGAGGAUGAUUCUCAAGAGAAAGUAGCUGAUGAAAUUUCUUACAGGUUACAGGAACCAAAGAAAGAUCUGAUAGCCCGAGUAGUGGGGAUAAUUGGGAACAAAAAGGCAAUUGAACUUCUGAUGGAAACUGCUGAAGUUGAACAAAAUGGUGGCCUUUUUAUAAUGAAUGGUAGUCGAAGAAGAACACCAGGUGGAGUUUUUCUGAAUCUCCUGAAAAAUACUCCUAGUAUCAGCGAGGAACAAAUUAAGGACAUUUUUUACAUUGAAAAUCAAAAAGAAUAUGAAAAUAAAAAAGCUGCUAGGAAGAGGAGAACACAAGCUGGGAAAAAGAUGAAGCAAGCUAUUAAAAGUCUAAAUUUUCAAGAAGAUGAUGAUACAUCACGAGAAACUUUUGCAAGUGACACAAAUGAGGCCCUGGCCUCUCUUGAUGAAUCACAGGAAGGACAUGGAGAAACAAAGUUAGAUGCAGAGGAAGCCAUUGAAGUUGAUCAUUCUCAUGACUUGGACAUCUUCUAGUCAUUUUGAGGAAUAAGCCUUUCUAGAAUAAGAUUAUAAUAAACCAUUUCUACUGAGAUUUCUUUGUUGUACUUUGCACUGUUAAACGUGAAAAUCUGGA